ACCCGCGAUCGUUGUCUGGCCGCCCUCUGAUCGCCAUCGCCGCUGUUGUCUCAACCCCAUCAAAUCUCCCCUUGUCUGGUCUGCAGCCGCAAUGUCCAAGAAUCCCAUCGAUCUCUUUGGUCCUGCCGAUGGCCACGAUGCUCCCUCCGAGCCGGCCUAUCCGCCUUACGAGGACUGGAUCAUGACCAUGUUCCCCCAGCUCUCGGCCCAGGACAUUCCUCCCGAACUCUGGCCUGAGCUCUACCAGCAUCUGCUCAACCAGACCUUCACCGUCGGCGAGGCCCUCGCCCUGACCUUUGACGAAGACGCCGCUCGCGGAAGCCAGUAUGGCCUCGUCACCACCAAGGACAUCCCGGCCCUCGGUGCCAUCUACCUGUUGGAUCACAUCUGGUCCUUCCCAAGCGCCGAGAUCGCCUUCAGGCAGCUCACCGGCUCGGCACCCCUCCGUGAGCGAGUCGCCAGUCUCCUCGAGCUCGACCACGACUUUGUAUCCGAGUCUCCCGCCGCCAUCGUCGUUGAUGAGAUCCUCAAGUCUCUGUGGACCCUGACGGAUACCUAUACCGUCGGCAACGAUCAAGUCACCUUUGUCCUCGACGAGGUGGGCUCGAGGCUGCUUCCCGAGACCUCUGAGGAGCGCCAGGACCAGGGUCCGGCGUUCCAGUGCGCCAUCUUCUACGACGCCUUGGUCGACCAAGGAUACACCCUGCUGUGGCCCCGAAGAGCUGUUGUCGAAGGCCAAGUCGCCACCUGUGCCAACCUGAGCUUGUCCCGCCGCAAGAAGAUUGCUCUCCAGAAUGCUCUCUCAUGUAUGGACGCCUUCGACACCGAUAUCUCUGAGGACGAUGACGAGCCGGAGGCCACCGUCGUCGAGCUGAAAGAUACUGCCACCAAGCAGAUCCAGAAGCUCAGACAGGUCUUGAUCGAGAACGACUACACAGUGCAAGGCGUCGCCCGGCUCCUCAGGAUCAGUAUCGCCGACACCGCAGUCGGAUUCCCCGUCCAGAAUUUGAGCGACCCCAAGUUCAGCCUCAAGGCGGCCGAGACUCUGCCGAACACUCCCUUAGCCAAUCUCGUCCGGCUCUUCCUGCUCAACAUCCCGCUUCCGCUCUCGCACAUCGAGCUGCUUUUUGGACACGAGUUUGUCGAUCGGCUUGAUGUCCUUGGGCUCUUCUUCAGUAUCCCUGCAAGCCGAGCCAGUGCCAAGCUGCCUGAGACGCUGUACGCGGCGCUUGUCCAGCUCGCACCCGUUGCCCGCGAUACCGUUGUUGCCACGGAUCUCUUCCAGACUCUAUCAGCGGCAUGUGGCUUCGAUCCAGUCAUGUACAUUGGCGUGGAUACUCUGGGCUUGCUGAAUCUGAUCCCGAGAUCGCCGCGAGUGCCGAAGCUCUUGGAUCUAUGCACCGGCUCCGGAGUCCAAGGCAUUGUCGCUGCUCGCGAGUGUGCAGAUCACGUCUCGCUCGUCGAUCUAAACCCACGUGCGGCGCUCUUUGCUCGGUUCAAUGCGCAUCUGAACGAGGUGGCCGAUCGAUGUUCCGUCCAGGUUGGUGAUCUGUACGAAGAUCUGGACGAGGACCUCAAGUAUUCGUUCGACACCAUUCUCGCCAACCCGCCGUACAUCCCCAACGGAGGAUCGUCCCGAGGACUCGAGACAUACGGCGAUGGUGGUGCUGCCGGCGAGGAUUUGAUCGAGCGGAUCGUUGGCGAAUCCAAGCGCUAUUUGACCAGCUCUGGGCGAUUGUUCAUGGUCUCGAAUCUGGCGAACCCGGAGGCAUACGAGGCCAAGAUUGUGCGCUGGUGGGAUGCCGAAGAGCCCGCCGGCCUGGGCUGCGACAGCAUCGUCCUCUAUGGCAAGCUGUGGAGCGCCAUCGACUAUGCAAGCCUGAUCCUGAGCCGCGCAGCUUCAGAGGACGUCGUCGUUCAGUACGCCGAGGGUCUUGAACAGCACGGUGUGAAGGCCAUGACCAAUGGCUUUGUGGUACUCAAGCGAACCGGAGCCAGCACGGCCAACACAAAGACCCAGGUCAUGGCGGAUCAGAUCUGGCAAGAGGUUUCGGGUGGCACGGAACAGGGUUUGGCAGUCGCGGCCCGUGUUGGCGAGUUUCUCCGCUGAACGACUCUGGCCAUGUGCAGACGCUAUUAGAGCGUCGAAUGGGCUCGGCUCGAGCUCUGAUCCGAAACAAACACCACCGCCGUACAUUGCAGCGAUCCACACAUCGAGACAGGACGCCACAGCUCACGGAUGGCUUUUGAGCGCUGAACGAUGUGGAUCGGCGCUCACGCCCCCAAUAUAAUCCGCCCGUCGCAGCGAUCCAGUG